CGGAUUCAUAUAUUUACGCGUAUAUAAAAACACUGAUAAACUUUAUAAACAAUUGUAAAUUAUGUAUAUUAACAUAGCUGUCACAUGCAUCAAUUGCUAAAGCUGUGAAGUGCGCAUUGUGUCGAUUGAAUUGGGCUGCAAGAGUGGAAAAAAAUAAAAUAAAAUUUAACCCACCCACACCAAUCAUACAACCCAAUUGGAAGUGAGAAGAACUUAACUAAUUUUUUUGCCCAUAUAAAAACAGUUAAAAGCAAGUCAAAAUUGCUAAUAAAAAGCGUCGAACAAAGCGCAAUACAAUGGAGAAGAACAACUCCAGCGUUAUUGCGGCUACAGCAACAUCGUCAACGUCAUCGUCAGCGAUAAAUACAACAACAAAAAAGCGCGGAUCAGACAACGAAGGCGUCGACGACGAAUCGUUAUCCAAAGUCUUGCAUUAAGAAAGUGAAAUUCUCAAGUGAAAGCCUUAAGUCUGAUGUGGAUGGUCUCUGUGAACAAUUGAAGGAUAACGUUUUGACCGAUUUGAAUCAUUUUAACAAUAACAACAAUAACAUCGAUAACAAAUAUAACAACAAAAUGAGCGAACAGGAAGCAACAACAACAACAGCGUCAGCGGAAACAACAGACGCAACAGAUGGCGAACGUCCUAGUUUUCUCGUGGGUGACGAAAUCGAUGAAAAGGAGGCCAUCGAAGCAGGUGAAGCUGGCGAUGAAUUUCCUCAAAAAUUGCAAAGCGAUAUUCGUCAAAAUGGCGAUAUCACUGAGCGACGUAAGCGUCUGAGACCCAGCAUGUCGCGCGGCACCGGCCUCGGUCAGGAUCGCGAUCAGUAUCGUGAUUUUCAUAUUGCCACCACGGAGGAGUUUGUCAAACGAUUUGGCGGCACGCGAGUUAUCAAUCGUGUGCUUAUCGCCAACAAUGGCAUUGCGGCCGUCAAGUGCAUGCGUUCCAUUCGCCGUUGGUCGUAUGAGAUGUUCAAGAAUGAGCGUGCCGUGCGUUUUGUAGUAAUGGUUACGCCGGAGGAUCUGAAGGCCAAUGCCGAGUACAUUAAAAUGGCGGAUCAUUAUGUACCUGUUCCCGGUGGAUCAAACAACAACAACUACGCCAAUGUUGAACUCAUUGUAGACAUUGCACUUCGCACUCAAGUGCAGGCUGUCUGGGCUGGUUGGGGUCACGCCUCGGAGAAUCCCAAGCUGCCGGAACUGCUGCAUAAGGAGGGUCUGGUAUUUCUGGGUCCUCCUGAGCGUGCUAUGUGGGCACUAGGUGAUAAAGUGGCCUCCUCCAUUGUGGCCCAAACGGCCGACAUACCCACGCUGCCCUGGUCUGGCUCCGAGUUGAAGGCGCAGUACAGCGGCAAGAAGAUUAAGAUAUCUAGUGAGCUCUUUGGACGUGGCUGCGUUCAGAAUGCGGAGCAGGGCCUCGCUGCGGUCGCCAAAAUUGGCUUCCCUGUGAUGAUCAAGGCUUCAGAAGGUGGCGGUGGUAAGGGCAUCCGUCGUGUGGACACUGCCGAGGAGUUCCCAGCACUUUUCCGUCAGGUGCAGGCCGAGGUUCCCGGCUCUCCCAUCUUUGUGAUGAAGCUGGCAAGCGGCGCACGCCAUCUGGAAGUUCAGCUGCUGGCGGAUCAGUACGGCAAUGCCAUCAGUUUGUUUGGACGCGAUUGCUCCAUUCAGCGUCGUCAUCAAAAGAUUAUUGAGGAGGCUCCCGCGAUUGUCGCCCAACCCGAGGUCUUUGAGGACAUGGAGAAGGCUGCCGUCCGCUUGGCCAAGAUGGUGGGCUAUGUGAGCGCCGGCACGGUGGAGUAUCUGUACGAUCCCGAGGGCAGAUACUUCUUCCUCGAGCUGAAUCCUCGUCUGCAGGUGGAGCAUCCGUGUACAGAAAUGGUGGCCGAUGUCAAUCUGCCCGCCUGUCAGCUGCAAAUUGGAAUGGGAAUUCCCCUCUAUCGUCUCAAGGACAUUCGCCUGUUGUAUGGCGAAUCCCCUUGGGGUUCGUCCGUCAUUGACUUUGAGAAUCCACCGAAUAAACCUCGUCCCUCUGGUCAUGUGAUUGCUGCUCGCAUCACAUCGGAAAAUCCUGACGAAGGUUUCAAGCCCAGCUCCGGUACCGUCCAAGAGUUGAACUUCCGAUCGAGCAAAAAUGUCUGGGGUUACUUCAGUGUGGCGGCAUCGGGAGGAUUGCACGAGUUUGCCGACUCGCAGUUCGGACAUUGUUUCUCAUGGGGAGAGAAUCGUCAGCAGGCACGCGAAAAUCUUGUGAUUGCCCUCAAGGAACUGUCUAUUCGUGGUGAUUUCCGUACCACCGUCGAAUAUCUGAUUACGCUGCUCGAAACGAAUCGUUUUCUGGACAAUAGCAUCGAUACUGCUUGGUUGGAUGCCUUGAUUGCGGAGCGUGUGCAGUCUGAAAAACCCGAUAUCCUUCUAGGUGUCAUGUGCGGUUCACUGCACAUUGCGGAUCGCCAGAUCACGGAAUCGUUCUCCAGUUUCCAGACUUCGCUCGAGAAGGGGCAAAUCCAGGCGGCCAACACGCUCACCAAUGUAGUCGAUGUGGAGCUCAUCAAUGGCGGAAUACGCUACAAAGUGCAGGCAGCGAAGAGCGGACACAAUUCCUACUUCCUGCUGAUGAACAACUCAUUCAAGGAGAUUGAGGUGCAUCGUUUGUCAGAUGGUGGUUUGCUCAUCUCUCUGGAGGGCGCUUCGUAUACGACCUACAUGAAGGAGGAAGUCGAUCGCUAUCGCAUUGUCAUUGGUAAUCAAACCUGCGUCUUUGAGAAGGAAAAUGAUCCCUCGUUGUUGCGCAGUCCCUCCGCCGGAAAGUUGAUCAAUAUGAUUGUUGAGGAUGGCGCACAUGUGGCCAAGGGGCAAGCCUAUGCCGAGAUUGAGGUAAUGAAAAUGGUGAUGACUCUAACGUCACAAGAAGCGGGUACUGUAACUUUUGUGCGACGUCCUGGCGCUGUUCUGGAUGCAGGUUCGCUCUUGGGUCACCUGGAACUAGACGAUCCGUCACUAGUAACGAAAGCACAACCGUGCAAGAGCCAGUUCCCACAGCCGGAAAAUGCCCCAGUGCCGGAGAAACUGAAUCGCGUGCACAACACUUACAAGAGCAUACUGGAGAACACCUUGGCUGGCUACUGUCUCCCCGAGCCAUUCAACGCCCAGCGUUUGCGUGAUAUCAUUGAGAAGUUCAUGCAGAGUUUGAGGGAUCCCUCGUUGCCGCUGCUCGAGCUGCAGGAGGUCAUUGCUUCGAUUUCGGGUCGCAUUCCGCUGUCCGUGGAGAAGAAGAUCAGGAAGCUGAUGACGCUCUACGAGCGCAACAUUACCAGUGUCCUGGCCCAGUUCCCCUCACAGCAGAUUGCCAGCGUCAUCGAUAGUCAUGCUGCCACCUUGCAAAAACGUGCUGAUCGGGAUGUUUUCUUCCUGACCACCCAGAGCAUUGUACAGUUGGUGCAGCGCUACAGGAAUGGCAUCAGAGGUCGCAUGAAGGCUGCGGUACAUGAGUUGCUCAGACAAUAUUACGACGUGGAGUCGCAGUUCCAGCAUGGACACUACGAUAAGUGUGUGGGCUUGGUUCGCGAGCAUAACAAGGACGACAUGUUGACGGUGGUGAACACGAUAUUCUCGCACUCGCAGGUGGCUAAGAAGAAUCUGCUGGUCACGCUGCUCAUCGAUCAUCUGUGGGCCAACGAGCCUGGACUUACUGAUGAGCUGGCUAAUACGCUGAGUGAGUUAACUUCGCUCAAUCGUGCAGAACAUUCACGUGUGGCGCUGCGAUCCCGUCAGGUCUUGAUUGCCGCCCAUCAGCCAGCUUAUGAGCUGCGCCACAAUCAAAUGGAGUCGAUCUUCCUGUCAGCUGUGGAUAUGUAUGGUCAUGAUUUCCAUCCCGAGAAUCUGCAGCGUUUGAUUCUCUCGGAGACCUCAAUCUUUGAUAUACUGCACGAUUUCUUCUAUCACUCCAAUCGCGCCGUCUGCAAUGCCGCCUUGGAGGUUUAUGUGCGUCGUGCCUACACCUCCUAUGAGCUGACAUGUCUGCAGCAUCUGGAACUCUCCGGAGGAUUGCCUUUGGUGCACUUCCAGUUCCUGUUGCCAACAGCGCAUCCGAAUCGUCUGUUCUCGCGCAUGAGCUCGCCGGAGGGCUUGGAUCAUGCUGUUGCCGAAUCUUUGGGCAGCUCUUUUGUACGCACCGGCGCCAUUGCGGCCUUUGAUUCCUUCGAGCACUUUGAAAUGUACUCGGAUGAGAUUCUGGAUCUGCUGGAGGACUUUGUGUCGCCUGCACUGGUCAGUGCCAAGGUGUUAGAGGCUGUGGAGGCCGUCGAUUCCAUUUCGGAUAGUCGUCACAGCACCUCGAUCAAUGUGUCCCUCUCGGAUCCCAUCUCCCGAGCGAAUGCCGCCGAAGAGGCCAAGUCAACGGAGCCCAUACACAUCAUUAGCGUGGCGGUACGUGAGACAGGCGAAAUGGACGACGUGCAGAUGUCGCAGAUCUUUGGCAACUACUGCAAGGAGCACAACGAGGAGCUCUUCCAGCGUCGCAUACGCCGGAUUACUUUCGCAGCGCUGAAGAAACGUCAGUUCCCCAAGUUCUUUACGUAUCGGGCACGCGACAAAUUCGAGGAGGAUCGCAUCUAUCGGCACUUGGAGCCGGCUUCGGCUUUCCACUUGGAACUAAAUCGCAUGAAGACUUACGACCUGGAAGCCUUGCCCACUGCCAAUCAGAAGAUGCAUCUGUACCUGGGCAAGGCCAAGGUCUCCAAGGGUCAGGAGGUUACCGACUAUCGCUUCUUUAUACGCUCCAUUAUUCGUCACUCGGAUCUGAUCACCAAGGAAGCCUCGUUCGAGUACCUACAGAACGAGGGUGAGCGUGUGCUACUCGAGGCUAUGGAUGAGCUUGAGGUGGCCUUCUCCCAUCCACAUGCGAAGCGCACCGAUUGCAAUCACAUAUUCCUCAACUUUGUGCCUACUGUAAUCAUGGAUCCCGGUAAGAUUGAAGAGUCAGUCACGAAGAUGAUUAUGCGUUAUGGUCCUCGUUUGUGGAAACUGCGUGUGCUGCAAGCUGAGCUCAAAAUGGUUAUCAGGCAAUCACCGCAAUCGCCCACGCAGGCGGUGCGUUUGUGCAUUGCCAACGAUUCGGGUUACUUCCUUGAUAUCUCUAUGUACACGGAGCAAACGGAACCCGAAACUGGCAUUAUCAAAUUCCGCGCUUAUGGCGACAAGCAGGGGUCGUUGCAUGGCCAUCCCAUCUCCACUCCCUACAUGACCAAGGACUUUUUGCAGCAGAAACGUUUCCAGGCGCAAUCCAAUGGCACCACUUAUGUUUACGAUGUGCCAGAUAUGUUCCGUCAGAUGACAGAGCGUCACUGGAAGGAAUUCAGUAAGGCGCGUCCAACCGUUGAUAUUCGCAUACCCGACAAGAUUCUACUGGAGUGCAAGGAACUUGUGCUCGAGGGCGACAGUCUGGUGGAGCUGCAGCGUCUGCCUGGCGAGAAUAAUUGCGGCAUGGUAGCCUGGCGCAUAGUGUUGGCCACACCCGAGUAUCCAGCUGGACGUGAAAUCAUUGUGAUUGCCAACGAUCUAACCUAUUUGAUUGGCUCAUUUGGCAUCAAGGAGGAUGUGCUGUUUGCCAAGGCUUCACAGCUGGCGCGUCAGCUGAAGGUGCCAAGGAUUUACAUCUCGGUCAACAGUGGCGCUCGUAUUGGACUCGCCGAAGAGGUGAAGGCCAUGUUCCGCAUCGCAUGGGAGGAUCCCGAGGAGCCAGACAAGGGUUUCAAGUAUCUGUACCUGUCCACAGAGGAUUAUGCCAAGGUGGCAAACUUGAAUUCGGUGCGUGCCAUACUAAUCGAGGAUGAAGGCGAGCAGCGCUACAAGAUCACCGACAUUAUUGGCAAGGAUGACGGCUUGGGCGUAGAGAAUCUGCGCUAUGCUGGUCUGAUUGCCGGUGAAACGUCGCAGGCUUACGAGGAGAUUGUGACUAUUGCUAUGGUUACGUGUCGCACCAUUGGCAUUGGCUCCUAUGUGGUGCGUCUUGGUCAGCGUGUCAUUCAGAUUGAUAACUCGCACAUUAUACUCACGGGCUACGCUGCACUCAACAAGCUGCUUGGUCGCAAGGUGUAUGCCUCAAAUAAUCAGCUGGGUGGUGUGCAAAUCAUGUUCAACAACGGUGUUACGCACAAAACGGAAGCCAUCGAUCUGGAUGGUGUCUACACCAUACUGGACUGGCUCUCCUACAUUCCUGCCUACAUUGGCUGCGAUCUGCCCAUCAUUUUACCCAGCGAUCGCAUCGACCGCCCCGUUGACUUUAUGCCCACCAAGUCGCCAUAUGAUCCACGCUGGAUGCUCGCUGGCCGCGUCAAUCCAGUCAAUGCUAAUGAGUGGGAGAAUGGGUUCUUCGAUCGCGACUCGUGGAGUGAAAUAAUGGCUCCCUGGGCCAAGACUGUGGUCACUGGACGCGCUCGUUUAGGUGGCGUACCAGUCGGUGUCAUUGCCGUGGAGACACGCACCGUGGAGGUGGAGAUGCCCGCGGAUCCUGCGAACUUGGACUCGGAGGCCAAGACGUUGCAGCAGGCUGGACAGGUUUGGUAUCCCGAUUCGUCCUACAAGACGGCACAGGCCAUCAAGGAUUUCGGACGCGAAGAGCUGCCGCUUAUUGUUUUUGCCAACUGGCGUGGUUUCUCCGGCGGCAUGAAAGACAUGUACGAACAGAUUGUUAAAUUUGGCGCUUACAUUGUCGACGGCCUGAGGGAGUACAAAAAGCCGGUGCUCAUCUAUUUGCCACCCAAUGCAGAGUUGCGUGGCGGCGCUUGGGCUGUGCUUGAUUCGCUCAUCAAUCCACGUUACAUGGAGACCUAUGCCGAUCCAGAGGCACGCGGCGGUGUGCUCGAACCUGAGGGCAUUGUCGAGAUCAAGUACAAAGAGAAGGACCUCAUCAAGACCAUCUAUCGUCUGGAUGGCACCACCAUUGCGUUGAAAAAAGAGCACGAUGAGGCUGUGGCUGCUGGCGACAAGGUGCGCGCUGCGCAGGUGGAUGAGAAGAUCAAGGCCCGCAUCUCUGUGCUGAUGCACGUCUAUCACACCGUCGCCGUUCACUUCGCAGAUCUUCACGACACGCCCGAGCGCAUGCUCGAGAAGGAGUGCAUCAGCGAGAUUAUUCCGUGGCGUGAGUCUCGUCGCAUGCUCUACUGGCGUUUGCGUCGUUUGCUGCUCGAAGAUGCGUACAUUAAGAAGAUACUGCGUGCUCAGGAUAAUCUCUCUGUGGGCCAGGCCAAGCAGAUGCUGCGUCGCUGGCUUGUAGAGGACAAGGGUGCCACUGAGGCUUAUUUGUGGGACAAGAACGAGGAGAUGGUGUCCUGGUAUCAGGAGCAAACGAAUGGUGAAUCAAUAGUGUCUAAGAAUGUCAGCUCUGUACGUCGGGAUGCAAUCAUCUCAACGAUAUCUAAGAUGCUGGAGGACUGCCCGGAUGUAGCGCUGGACGCUGUCGUUGGUCUGUGCCAAGGAUUGACGCCGGUGAAUCGUGGCGUCGUUGUGCGAACUCUGGCACAAAUGCAACUGAACGAGGAGUCCUCGGCGAAUACACAGGGAUGACUUUACGCUAACUUUUAAGUUAUGAUGAUGGUUCAAUGAGUCUCCUAGGAUAGCUGGAUAAGGCAGCCUUUGCUUUUGUAAUAUACUACGAUGGAGCAACGUUUUUGCAUUUUGUUUAGUUGAAUUGUUUAAAUAUAAUUAGCCUUUAUAUACAUACAUAUAUACUAUACAUACUAUAUAUAUAUCUAUUGUAAUAGUUUUUAUUUAGUUGGAAAGCAGACACAGCUUUGGCGUGGGUAGAACAGAGUCCUCUAAUUAUUUUGGUAAUACGCGCUAUUGUCGUAUCGAUAUUAACAAACAAAAAAAGAAAAAUAUAUACAUACAACAUAUAUAUGCUAUAUAUAUUUAUAUAUAAUAUACACUGUCUUUCUUUGUAUUUGUAUUGUAUACAAAAGCAAAACUUUCCGCUAGUUGACUAAGACUUGAAAUUGUUUAUACACACAAGACAGAAUUUUUUGUGAAUUGAAUCAUAUGCGCAUGUAUAUAAUAAUAUAUACUAAUAGAAUAUUGUGAAUAUAUGUACAUGUUUCAUAAAAGUGGAAUUUAUAUUUGA